CCACAUCAACACCAUAUCCUCGCUCUCUCUCUUGCCCACACCACACUGCCUGCGCCGCGCAACCUACGACUGCACAGCACAGAGAGUGGAGAGCAUGCCGCUCUAGCUAGCUUACAGCGCAGUCUGGUCGUACCCCCACCCACCGUACCCGCGCAAAGAGAAUGGCGACUGUGGUGGCGACCGUUGAGGCCGGGGUGGUGGCGGUGGCGAGCGGGCGGAGCAGCAAGCUGGUCCGGGGCCUGUACUGGCGCCUGCGCGCGGGGAUCCGGCGGCUGCAGUCGGAGCGGCGCAGGUGGCGCGGCGGCGGCGGCAGACGGGAGCGCUUCAACUUCCACUACGACGCGCUCAGCUACGCCCUCAACUUCGACGACGGUCGCCCCGCCGCCGACUUGGUCCUAGCAUGAAGCAGAUGCCGCGCUCGCUCGCUAGGAGCUCGAUUGUGCUGCGGGCCUUGGGGCUGGGCUGCGUAUGGAGGCAAGCUGGUGGUCUAGGGGUCGUGGUUCUUGUGUCUGUGUGCUUCUUUAAUUAGUGCUUUAGUUAGUUUAUUAGGAGCUGCAAUGUUUCGGGGUGAACCGGAAGUGCAAUCUCUGCAGUCUACAAUCUCUGCGCUACGGGUGAAAUUCUUGCUUCGCAUUCGGCGAUUGCUCAUCUGCAGCGCAAUUCGAAUGGCAGGAAAAGUACGCGCAACUUUUUAUGUAGGUGUCACUAGAUAGUUGAAGGCUCCUCCUGAUUAGUGACAUGACGCCGGGAAGAUCAUGAGCUCAUGGAGCAGUAUGUUGGCGUGCAACUUCAAUUCUGUUUGCCCUAUUUCCCCGCAAAAAAUGAAAAGAAAAUUCAAUUUUGUUUCCA